AUCAAGAUUUUAUGAUGGCUUAAUGGAAAAAGACAAAGUUCUAGAAAGUCACAAGAGUCAUAUUGUUGAGGAUUUCAAACUGCCAUCAUUUACCUUUGUGGAUACAAGUAAAUGAACAAUGAUGCCCCAACCACCAGUUCAAACUUCCUGAGAAAAGGCUUCUGUAUAAAUGUCAUGAAAGCCCUUACCAAGAGAGAUCAGUGUGGACUGUCCUUUCAGCAUGAUGCAGAACAGUCAAGCAUCACGUAUUGCAACUGACAUCUGCAUUAACAACCGUGCAAAAAUUUUCCUCCCUCUUUAUUCCCUGAAACAAACCAAAAUGGAAAACUGAUUAAAGGCUUUUCUCUGAGAUCUAUCUGUAACAAUACAUAUUAGAUGACUUUGGGACACCCUUUACAUCAACAAUGAAAGGAUUAUCCAGCAACCGUAGUCAUCAUCAUGGGGUUGCCUGUGACUCUCCAUGUGACAACCACCCAGACAGGAAGCCAUAUUUGUUAAAUCCAGUGGACCCUCAUCCUGCAGAUCACCCUUAUUAUACUCAGAGGAACUCUUUUCAGGCAGAAUGCAUGGUACCUUAUAAUGAUCAGAUUGCUAGCAGCACAUUUCCUCGGCGACAUUACAAUUCCCACCAUGAACUUAAAGACGAAUGUGCUCUUGUUCCCCAGGGAACAGCUAACAAAACCAAUCGCAUUCCCGCCAAUCUUUUGGACCAGUUUGAAAGGCAGCUACCUCUCAAUCGAGAUGGCUACCAUACCUUACAAUACAAACGGACUGCCGUGGAACAUCGCAGUGAUAGUCCAGGGAGGAUCCGCCACUUGGUUCACUCUGUUCAAAAGCUCUUCACGAAGUCCCAUUCUCUUGAGGGACCAUCAAAGGGAAGUGUCAAUGGUGGCAAAGCAAGCCCAGAGGAGACACAGUCUAUGAGGUACGGGAAGCGUAGCAAGAGUAAAGAAAGGAGAUCAGAAGGCAAAUCCAGAUCCAAUGCGCCAGGUUGGUGGAGUUCAGAUGACAACUUGGACAAUGAUGUUUGCAUUUACCAUGGUCCUAGUGGGGUUAUGACUAUGGGAAGGUGCCCUGAUCGUUCCACUUCUCAAUACUUUAUGGAAGCCUAUAAUACUGUUAGUCAACAUACUGUGAAGUCAUCCAAAAGCAAUAAUGAUGUCAAAUGCUCUACCUGUGCAAACCUACCUGUGAAUCUGGAUGCCCAGUUAAUGAAGAAAAGCUCUUGGUCCUCUACACUGACAGUGAGCAGAGCCCGCGAGGUUUACCAGAAAGCUUCAGUUAAUACUAAUGCGGAUCAGACAUUGGUGAAAUCAGAGACAUGUCAACAGGAACGGUCUUGUCAGUACCUUCAGGUUCCACAAGAUGAAUGGACUGGCUACACUCCUCAAGGCAAAGAUGAUGAGAUUCCAUGCCGGCGGAUGCGCAGUGGCAGUUACAUUAAAGCCAUGGCGGACGAUGAUAGUGGGGACUCAGACACCAGCCCGAAGCUAUCGCCAAAGAUUGCAGCACGGAGGGAGAGCUAUCUCAAGGCCACCCAGCCAUCACUUACGGAACUCACCACCCUCAAGAUAUCCAGCGAACAUUCCCCAAAACUUCAGAUCCGGAGCCACAGUUACUUGAGGGCAGUGAGUGAAGUCUCAAUCAAUAGGAGUUUGGACAGUCUGGAUCCUGCAAGUCUGUUAACUUCUCCUAAAUUCCGUUCCCGGAAUGAAAGCUACAUGAGAGCCAUGAGCACGAUUAGUCAGGUGAGUGAGAUGGAAGUAAAUGGUCAGUUUGAGUCAGUCUGUGAGUCCGUGUUCAGCGAACUAGAGUCUCAGGCUGUAGAGGCUCUGGAUCUGCCAAUGCCAGGCUGCUUCCGCAUGAGGAGCCACAGCUAUGUGAGAGCAAUUGAGAAGGGCUGUUCCCAAGAUGAUGAAUGCGUGUCACUGAGGUCCUCAUCUCCCCCACGCACAACCACCACAGUGAGGACCAUCCAGAGCAGUACUGUUUCAUCCUGCAUUACCACAUAUAAGAAGACACCACCUCCUGUUCCACCAAGGACCACCACAAAACCUUUUAUUUCAAUCACGGCCCAGAGCAGCACAGAGUCGGCCCAAGAUGCAUACAUGGAUGGGCAGGGCCAAAGGGGAGAUAUCAUCAGUCAGUCUGGUCUUAGCAACUCUACCGAAAGCUUGGACAGUAUGAAGGCCCUAACGGCUGCUAUUGAGGCUGCUAAUGCACAGAUCCAUGGCCCUGCGAGUCAGCAUGUAGGCAACAAUACUGCAACAGUCACCACAACCACCACCAUUGCCACUGUUGCUGUAGAAGACAGAAAGAAGGAUCAGUUCAAAAAAAACAGAUGCUUAUCCAUUGGAAUACAGGUUGAUGGUGCACAAGAAUCCACCAAAUCAGUUGAAAAUAAAGCAACCAGUAAGUUCCAAUCCAUAGGUGUUCAAGUAGAAGAGGAGAAGUGCUUCCGCAGGUUUACUCGAUCUAAUAGUGUAACAGCAGCUGUGCAAGCAGACCUGGAUUUCCAUGAAAAUUUUGAAAUAUCAGUGGAUCCUCAGGAGGACAAUACAUGCACUGGGCAAAUAUCGAGACAAUAUUCCCGAGAUGCAAGCACCUCCACUGUUAGUAUACAGGGGUCAGGAAACCAUUAUCAUGCCUGUACAGUAGAUGACGACUUUGAUACAGAUUUUGAUCCUUCAAUUUUACCCCCUCCGGAUCCUUGGAUUGAUUCUAUAACUGAAGAUCCUCUGGAGGCUGUUCAAAGGUCAGUUUGUCACAGAGAUGGGCACUGGUUUCUGAAGCUUCUUCAGGCGGAAAGAGAUCGUAUGGAGGGCUGGUGUCAACAGAUGGAGAGAGAAGAACAGGAAAACAACUUACCUGAGGAGAUUCUAGGGAAAAUUCGAACUGCAGUGGGCAGUGCCCAGCUUCUUAUGGCCCAGAAAUUUUACCAGUUCAGAGAACUGUGUGAAGAAAAUCUGAAUCCUAAUGCACAUCCAAGACCGACCUCCCAGGAUUUAGCAGGGUUUUGGGAUAUGCUCCAGUUAUCCAUAGAAAAUAUUAGUAUGAAAUUUGAUGAACUUCAUCAGUUAAAGGCCAAUAAUUGGAAACAGAUGGAUCCUCAUGACAAGAAGGAGAGAAGGGUCCCUCCUCCAGUGCCAAAGAAGCCAGCGAAAGGUCAGGUGCCACUCAUACGGGAACGUUCUCUGGAAAGCUCACAGCGUCAAGAGGCCCGGAAACGGCUGAUGGCUGCCAAACGAGCCGCAUCUGUCCGCCAGAAUUCAGCCACUGAGAGCGCUGAAAGCAUUGAGAUUUACAUCCCCGAAGCUCAGACCAGGCUAUGAAGGAGGACUUCACUGGCAAGACAAGUCUCUUGUAUAAUCUGCUCCUCUAGGUCCCUGCUCAGAACCACCAUUAAGUAUUUGUAUUUCUCUUUCUUUCUUUCUUUCUUUCUCUCUCUCCCUCUCCAUAAUCCCAAUGAUCCCAAUGAAUUCCACUUUUGUGGUGUAGCUGUCAAUCCUCCAAGAGAUGUCCUCUAAUAACCCUUGCUUUUUAAAGGUUUGCCCAUGUCAUUAUUCUGCUUUGUCACAUGUAUUGAUGCUGCCACCUUGCCUCAUGUAAGAGAGUGCAACCCUUCUUUCUGUUUAAGAAAUAAAUACAGAACACACACACACACACACAUACACCUGUAUAGUAAAUACACCAUUUAACUCAUUCAUGAUCUUUAGUUUAUCUAAAGUUAGUCUGUUACCUGGUGUACAGCAAUAUAAAACUAUAGAGUAUUUUGGAAAUUCAGUAAUGCAGGAUGAUCCUUUGGGACUCUGCCGUCUUCCUCAUUAAAGAUUAAAGAAGCUAUGGCUCGGAUUCCCUUUUUAUUACUAAUUAUUUUUUAAGCAGAUGGCGCACUUUAUUCUACCCACAGAAUCAUAUCGCACCUGAAUUUAAGAAGUCACAAAGGGCAAGGCAGGGAGAAAGAUAGCUGUGCUGUGGUGGAAAAGGAGAGAGAAGUAAAUCCUGUAGGUGAGUUGGUGAAGUACAGAAAAGAUCCUGUGAAAAGACACCUGCACACUCACAGCUGCACAAACUGCCUCAUUUGUAUUUCAUCAAUCACCACUAAACAUUCUGAUCAGCAGAAGAUUGUAAAUUCGAUCUUCCAGGGAAAUCAUCUAUUUUGAAAGGCAAUAAAAGGGCAAAAAGAAAGGAGAUAAGAAGAAAUGAUGGUUGAAGAUAUUAUAAAAAGGGACUUUUUUGUCAAAGUAUUAAGAAUUUUAUAAAUGGUACUGUAUUGUCAAUUCCUAUUGUAUUGUAUUGUAUGAAUUAUAUUGAUUUUAAAAAAAGAAAAGAAGAAAAAAAAGCUUGGUUUUGUUGACGUCUUAAUCCUGGUGAAACUAUCAGAUUUCACACCUAUCCACCCUUGUUAUUGAAAUACUGUACAUGGACUCCAUUAUGUUUUUCAAAGCAAGAAUUUUGUUUUAUACGCAGCUGGUUGUAUGCUUCAGGUUAGACUGCUUCUAUCAGCUGGUUUAUAACUGGAAGUAAGUUUCUCCUUUAGUCUCUUUUUUAAAAAUAUAAAAUACCCAGUUUUUCAAAAAUGAGGAUUUUUCACAAGCAGUGGGAUAUAAUGAGCCUAUAUUUGUUCACUACACUAGCUUUUGAAAACACAAUAUGCAUUUCCUAGUCUUCAGUUUAUUUGAUACUUAGGGUAAAAUCGUGCCCUUGCUGUGUGAUGUUGGACUGAUGGAGGAAGGUAUUUGGCUGUGCAUUAGCAGCGGUAACCACUGUGCCAGGACAUAUCUUGAGUAUGUCACUGAAAAUGGAACAGCUGGCACAUGCUGCAGAAGGCAACAUUAGUUGGCUGAGCCCACCUGGCCAUCCUCCAUCAUCAGCAGACCAUGCCCUUUUGGGAGUGUUGUGUGUCUUUUGGCAUAGUCAUCAUUCCUCGUUAUUAGUGCUCUUGAGCUCAAAAUUAGAAUCCUGCCCUCUGGUUCUUCCUGUGAUCUCUUCUCUCACUUGGACAUCCAAAUAGCACGUGGCAGGCUGUGACCUUACAAGAAAGGAAGAGAUUUUCUCUCUAAUCUGAAAAUAGUACAGUGGCGGAGUCUACCAAGUGGUAGCUAAUGUGGACUUUGCAUCCAAUCAAAGUUGGCUGUAAAGGCCCUUAUUCUUUAAACAGUAUGAACAUUCCAGCCGUGGAAAUUCCAGUGCGUGGUAGACUUAAUUGUGUAGCUCAAAUCUUAAAUUCCCAUCAGAAAGGUAACGGCUUUCUAAAAAUAUACAUCUAAGAUCAUGACAGACAGCUUCUUUUAAUGUAACAUAGCCAGGUGCUAAUUUAAAUUCCUUCAAGAAAUUUAGGAGUGGUAAAAGGUUCUGGCACCACCAAAUAGUUUCAUGAAAACAUUGUAAAGCCACUUGAGAAUUUGCUACCUCUCGAAGCCAUUGAUCUCUGAGCUAUGUCUUUAUAAACAGGGCACAAAUAUUUACUGCUGUGGUUUACAAGAUAAGGGCUAAUAAUUUAAUAUUUAAAAGACUUUUAACUAGAGUGACCAGAAAUCCAAUGUAACCCAACUGAGUGCUUCAUGUUAAGGGAGCUUUGAAAGGUUGGCCCUAUAAGCAUUUGAAUACCAGUGUAUUUGCUAGUUUUGAAAAGAACCCACUUCCUUUAACUUUUAGCAGCAAUGACAGAUUACAAUGUUUGCAGUAUAUAUAGUGCCUACUGCCACUUCUGGUCAUAUCUCAAAUGGGCACAUUAAGUAUUACAAAUUAUUUGGACCUCAUUUGUACUAAGAUGUACAAAGCAACGUUCAGGUGAGGAUUCACAUUCACAUUCACAACUACAUUUCAGUUUGAUUUGAAGUUUUCUGAAAGAAGAAUUAAGACUUAGCUUGAGAAGUGGCUAGAAAAAUGGAAGACAAAGAAAAUGGAAGACGUUAGUCUUGUACAUUAUGAAUCAUAUUUGUAUAUCAUAUGAUAUUUUGGUAUGUAUUUUAAAUGAAUCGAUUCUUAGCUCAAUGUCUGCUGGUUCUUAAUGACUGUGGAUAGGCCAUUAUAACAUUUACCUAACUUUAACUGCAAAAUGUGAAGUGUACACCCAAUUUAGAAACAGGUAAAUAUGGGCCAGAAAACUACUUCUGCCCCCUCAGAGGCCAUUAGUUAUUCACCUGACUCAUUCCAUACCACCACAGACAUACGUUAUCAUUUAUUUUUGUGUAACUAUUUAUUUUUUAUUCUAAUCUACCCAAGUGUAAACUAAAAAUGACUAUAUUCUGGUAAACUUGGUACAAAAUUGUUGCUUUUUAUUUCCUUGGUAGAAAAUUUAAAAGAAAAAAGGUUGUUUUUGUCUCCUGCAUUGGAAGUUUAAAAAAUAGUAUUUAUUAUAUUUUUUGCAGAUGUUUCCAUAAAAUUCUCAUAAUCUUUUUGUAAAGAGUGAUGAAGAAAUGGAUUAAAGAUUUUUAAUAUUUGAAAAGGUAAAUAGAAAUAACUUAUUUGUAAUAUACUUCACGUUUAUUUAUUGGUGUACUACCCUUAAUGUUCUGAUGUGCACUAUCACUUUAAUUUAAAUUUUAUCUUUGUGAAUUUGUUUCUUUUUUAAAGAAAAAAGUUUAAAUGCAUAUUUUAAAUAAUAACUGGAAUGUAAAUCACUGGCCUACCUGCAUUCCUAAAUGUGAUUUUAAAAGUGUUUUUCAUUUGGAGAAAAGGCACCAAAAUUGAAAGCCUUUAGAUGGAGGGAUGGAGAGCAUUUUUAUGGCUUUAUGAAUUGGGUUUUCAUAGGAUUAUCUAUCUAGUUUGUGUGUGGACAGAAAAAUGUAAAUAGUCGAACGUUUCCCACAAUGUAAAAAAACAAAUUAAUAAAAUAAUUAAUGCACUGCUUGUAAGAGCUGUGUGUUUUC